AGGCAGAAUUAGGGUUUUGAAAUGGAGGGGGGAAAUUGAUUGAAGGGUUUUGAUGAAAACAGGCGGGUCUCACAAGUUAUCCGGUUCGAUCGGUUGAAACUUGAAAAAUACCGGUUUUCUAGUUCUUGAACCUAUUGUAGAACCGUUUGAACUCUCUGAGACUGACUCUGACCUUUGUAGUUACAGAAAUGGAGAAUGGAGAUGACUGGCUUGCCCCAGACAAGCUUUACCAUGUCCUCUUCUGUUUCUUCAUUGCCAUUACCGUGGCUUCUCUUGCUUAUCGAACAAGGUAUCCAUUUCUUCGCAGAUGGAGUAUUUGGUUAGGAUCGUUGGUCUCUCUCUUUGCUGGUGUGGCCAAAGAAGCAGGAGACGAGAUAGGAAUAUGGGAAUCAGCUGGAGCUUCUGUUAAAGACGUUAUUGCUGAUCUCAUGGGUAUAUUUAUGUCGUUGGUUGUGCUUUUGCUCGUCAAAUCCGUGUCUUUGCGGAGAAAAUCUGAGGAAUUGACGCGAAGUCGUGGGGUUUCGAUGGUAUAGACAUUAUCCUAUACCAAAUUGUUUGAGGAAUUUAUGGUUUUGGGAGGUCUCUGUUGUAGUCAGGCUUUGCCUCUGCUUUUGUUUAGAGAAGGAAACAGGAAAGAACCUCUGGUGUGGAAUCAAGUUACCGAACAUGAAGGGGUGUAUGCUACUUGAAGGUCCAAUCUUAACUACUGUUACCAGAGUUGGUCCUCUCCUAGCAUGUCAACAAAGAAUGGCAUGAUCAUAAACCUACCUGAUUCUUUGCAGACUUCAUUUAAGAACCGAGCUGUGUUGCUUCUUGAUGGUGGUCAUUGUAAAGCCCUUUGGUGAGAUGGUGGCAUUGAAGCAUUUCCCGCUAGGCUGCUCAUUGGGCCCAAGUAUAGUGUGCCCAUCUAAUGUUGGGCUGCCUAAGCUUCAUAGCCCACCCAAACAGGUACUCCAAAGAGCCAUCUGGUUUGUGGCAAAUGCACUUGGCGGCCUAGCACACUUGGAUCGUCCGGAUUCAUUAUGUAUCAAUUAUAAAUCUAUAGCAUGAGAAAUCCCCAUAGGUGCAAAAACAAAGUGAGGGAGAAUCGAUCCACGUUUGUUCACUGCAGAUGUGAAGUCCAGAGCCCAGACUACAGGUCCUGGGAAAUUGGAACGUGCUUUUCUGCUCUGCAACAUAUAUUUCAGUGACAUUUAGUCAGGCUCGGGACAGAUACCAACUUUUUUCACGUGGAGAUGUGACAAAAGUCUUUGAGUUUGACGAUGGAGUAGAUGCCAGCCCCAGAGAGUGUACCGAGUAUUGGAGCAGUUAAGUAGAUCCAGAUGGCUUUGUAGUUGUUAGCAGCUAUGGCUGGCCCCAGAGUUCUUACAGGAUUCAUGGAUGCUCCUGUGCUCUCCCUUCACCAUAUAAACAGAGGGAGUCCUUAAGGAGAGCAUAAGAUGGAAAAUAGAUGAACAAAUGAUCAACCAGAAUAAAAGGAGGGAUGCCGCCGGGUUUUAAAACUCAGAACUGGGUACUGAUUGGUUUCCAUUGAUUCCAAGUCAAAUCAUCCCGGAAUCAGUCAGACUCGGCUGGGAACUUCCCAGCCUAAUUCGGUGGGACUCGGUAUAUGAGAAUUGGGUUUAAUCAGAACCAGUCCCACUAGAUUCCUAGUUGACUCGGUCAAAAAAAUUUUUUUUUUUGGGUGGGUGGGGGUGAAUACUCAAUAUCAAUCUGAAUCUUAAAACCAUUCCUGCAGUAGGCCUAGUUGUGUUGCCAUUUCAUUAUACUGUGAGAUUCUAUUUUUUAUGCAAAUGCUCCUAUAACAGGAAAUAGGAAAAUGGUUCUAAAGCAA